AUGAGCGUAACUAUGAUACGCGGGGAAGGCGAAGUAUUGGUGCCAGCGCACUUGAACUUUGGUAGAUUCGUAUUGGAUCGACUGCGGAGGGCCAGGCCGGAUCAGACGUGCUUGCGAAACUGUACGUCCGGUGAGCAGUUGACCUUUAGCGAGUUUACACAGUAUGCUGUCAGGCUGGGGGCGGCGCUGGCGCAGCUGGGGGUGGGGAGGGGGGACACGUUGGUGGUGGGGGGUGAGCCCCGCGUCACCUUCAUGGCCGCCGGGCUGGCGGCUGUGCUGACCGGCGCGGCAUACACCCCCAUCCCCCUUACUUGUGGACCAGCAAUCCUGACACACGAGUUAAACCUAACAAAGCCAAAGUACUUUUUGUGCACUCCCCUGUUUUGGGAAGCCCACAGCACUACACUGAAGAGUUUGGAUUUCAUCAAAACUUUCAUUUGUUUCGAUGACGUUGAAGACAUAGAGUUGUCAGUGCAAGAGUUAGUCUCAAGCCAAAGCCACGUGGAUGUUGACACGUUUGAGCCCGCUGUUGUGAAUGGUGACGACGUGGCAGUAGUCUUGUACUCGUCCGGGACAACUGGAAUGUCUAAAGGAGUGGUGCUAACGCACCUCAGCUGUAUUGCGAGGUGUGAUUCGAAAGGGUGGUAUGGCUUCGAUUCUUUGCAAACAGUCUACUUCGCGGGUGACACCCAGAACGGUUCUUACGGCAUUUUUCCGGUGUAUACGUUUUGGUGUGGGGGUAAAACAGUGGUCUACUCAGAAGACGACGUAGACUUGAAAAUUAUACAAGACUAUAAGGUAGAUGUUAUGCCGACCGUCCCAGCAUUUGCUGAAGAACUGCUCAACUCUAAAGUUGAGUACGACCUGAGUUCACUGAAGAUUAUUUACACUGGCGCCGCGCCUCUUCAUCUCUCGACUGCAAAAGCGUUCAAGGAAAGGCAAGUAUUUUUCACACCACCUAUUCGGAAAAGAGCUUUUUCUUCCCUGCUAGGAGGGAUCAAAGUGGCACUUUUCCUCCCUGCUAGGAGGGAUCAAGAAGUUUUUAGCGAUAUUAUUUUUAUUUUCAAUCCGUGUGUAAUCAUGGAAAAAUAUUGCAGAUAUCCAAAUAUCGAGCUGCUAAAUAUAUAUGGCACGACCGAGGCUUAUAUGAUAACAACGCAAGGCCCCUCGCCUAUUGGAACUACGACUAUUGGUGUCGCCGCUCCGGGUGUUAGCAUUAAGGUCGUCGACACAGAAACGCGAGCGACACUAGGCCCGAACCAGCGCGGGGAGAUCUGCGUCCGAAGUCCGUUCCUCAUGAAGGGCUACCUGGGGGCUACCGCGGGCUACCUGGGGGCUACCGCGGGCUACCUGGACGAGCAGGGGUUCUACCUGACGGGCGACCUGGGCUAUUACGACGAGCAGAGGAAGUUCUAUCUCGAGGGGAGGCUGCAUGAUAUUAUACAUCAUCAUUUGGGAUAUAAGGUAUCUCCACUGGAGUUGGAAGAAGUCCUGUUAGGUCACCCGGCGGUGCGCGAGGCGGGGGUGGUUGGUUUGGUGGUUGAAGGGGGGGGGGAGCGCCCCGCCGCUGCUGUGGUGCUGCGGCCCGGGGCCAGCACCACAGAGGCCGAGCUGCAGGACUAUGUAGACUCGAAGGUCACUUGGUACAUGAAGCUCAGCGGUGGCGUGAGGUUCGUCUCUGAGCUGCCGAGGAACGCGCAGCAGAAAAUCUUACGACGCACACUCAAGGAAAUGCUGGCCUGA